AUGAGAGUUGCUACUCAUCAUUUCCUAAUUAUAGCUUUUGUUCUAUUGGCUUUGGCUUCCUCACUUGCCUCUGCUUAUGAUCCAAGCCCUCUUCAUGACUUCUGUGUAGGUGUCAAUCAAACAAAAUAUGGAGUGUUUAUUAAUGGAAAAUUCUGCAAGGAUCCGAAGCUGGUCACAACGAAUGACUUCGUCUUCUCUGAUCUAAACAUUCCAGCGAACACCUCGAAUCGGCUCGGUUCCAAUGUCACUUUUGCAUUUGUGGAUCAAUUUCUUGGACUCAACACGCUUGGCGUUACGAUAAGUCACGUAGAUUAUGCUCCGAAUGGUGGCCUAAACCCACCUCACUACCACCCUCGCGGCUCGGAGAUUUUACUUGUUCUAAAAGGCAUACUUUAUGCUGGCUUUGUCACGUCCAACCAAGACAACAAUCGUCUUUUCACUAAAGCCCUAAACCUUGGUGACCUAAUGGUAUUUCCAAUUGGUCUCCCUCAUUUUCAAUUAAAUGUUGGAAACACUAGCGCGGUUGCCAUUGUAGCUUUUGGCACCCAGAAUCCAGGGGUUAUUACGAUUGCAAAUGCAGUUUUUGGAUCAAAUCCUCCGAUUAAUCCCGAUGUUCUCUCCAAGGCCUUUCUACUGGAGAAAAGCAUCGUCCAAUAUCUUCAGCAACAAUUCUGA